AUGUUGUCUUUGAAAGGACCGAAAAAGCUUCAUAUGACGUCAUUGACACCAACUGGAAGAGCAUUAUCGAUCGCAGAUGCACAAUUGGCUGUGAAAGCUGGUAGCCUAUUUUUUCACGUUUACCAUAGUGCUAAGAGACUUACUUUGUCUGUCAAUUCUUUCCCUUCAUGUGUGGUUGUAAGUCGAAUAGCAAGUGCCUUUUCUUUUGAUGAUUGGAGUAUAAACGACAUGCCUAAUGAUUUCCAAUACUUUUCACCAAGUGCACACAGAGAAUUCCUCAAAUGCAUUGUAAAGUCAGAUAGAAAUUCACUUGCUUCAAAUAUGUCAAACUCGCUAGUCAUCUCUUUAAGAUGUGACACAUCGGUUGAUAGAACGCAGAUAGACAAGACAUAUAUAAUGGCUAAGACCAUACCUAGAGACGGAAAAGAAAACAAUAUCUUUUUCGGCGCGGGAGAGCCAAACGAAAGAGGAGCAGUUGGGGUUCACAAGGCUAUACUUUCGGCAUGUUCAGCAAUCCUUGGCGAAAAUACCGAAGGUGAAGAAGAAGCUUUGUUGACUCAAAGCAAGAAAAGUGUUUCAACGUGCUUCUUUUUUUGUUACUGA